AUGAGGCUUGGGUGGCAACCGUAACUAGGGAGCAGGUGACAGAGAAAGCUGCGGUGGCUGGAGGCCCGGGGGGAUGUAGGCGGCGGGACAACCCCGGCCUCUGAGGACCAGGGAGGGCGCACGCCAGAAAACUCCAAAGAGAAGAAUGUCAGAUGCAGAGGAAAACCCACUAGAAGAAACAGAAGAUGAAGAAACAGAAAUGGAAGAAGAGAAAAAUCCAGAUUAUAAAGAGGCAAAAAACAUGCAACAGGAAUCAAAAGAAGAUGACACAUUAGCAUGGAGAGAGUCUCAGGAGGAGGGGGAAUUGUGGGAAGGAGAAGUCGGGGAUGGGGUGGAGGAAGAGGAAGGAGAAGCGGAGAAAGAGCAGGAAGAAGGGGUGGAGAAAGAGGAGGAGGCAGAGGAGGAAAAGGAGGAGGAGGAAUGGGAGGAGGAAGAGGGGGAGGAGGGGGAGAAAAGGGAGACGGAGGAGGAGAGGCAGAAAGAGGAAGAAGGGGAGGGGGAGGUAGAGGGGGAAGCAGAUGUGGAAGAGGAAGAGGAGACUGUCGGAGGAGAAAUGGAGGAAAAGCCUGGAGCCUCACAGGAGGUGGUGGCUGCAGGAAUACAGGAAGAAACCACAACAGAACCCCAAGAAAUAACCAAGUCCAUGAUCAGUUUGGAGAGACUGACACUGACUGAUUCCCAGGCAGUGUUGUCAGGAACUAUCCCAAAAUCCCACAGUGAUGGCAAGUUGAAGCACUCAUUACCAUCUAAACUUUCAGGAACAUGUGAGCUUGCAAGAGACCUGAGCUCACAAUUAGCAUUUCUUGAUUUGGAUCAAUCCAGUUCUGAGGAACCACAGAUUAGUUGCUCUCAAAGGCAGUCCUCAGGUGAGCUUGAAGGGAAAACAGACCAGUUGUCCCAACACGAAUUGGGACAAGAAAGGAGAGACUCAGACUCAGAAAAGGGAGAAAGGAGACAAGAAAAAAGAAUAUCAUACUUAAUUGAGGAGAAAGAAGAAAUACUCCAGCCCAAAGCAGGGAUCCCAGAGGACUCACUGGUGUCCACCAGCACUGAGGACAUUUUGUUUCAAAAGGAUGACAGUGCCAACGUGUAUCCCUUGACCCAAACUUGGUCAUUCGGGUGGAACAGUUCUCUUCCUGUUUACUAUAUUGGAGACAAAAACCAGAGAGUUCUUCUGUAUGUCUGUGCUCACACUGCAGUCAUCUACAAUGUUUUCAAGAAUAAUCAGCAUCAUCUUCAGGGCCACCCUAAUGUGAUCUCCUGCUUCUGCGUCAGCGAAGACAGGCGAUGGAUCGCCACUGCCGACAAAGGGCCCAGCUGCCUGAUAAUUAUCUGGGACUCUUUCACAGGCAUUCCUGUGCACACUAUAUUUGACAGCUGCCCAGAAGGUAAUGGCAUCAGGGCCAUAGCUAUCACCCAUGAUGCCAAGUAUCUGGCAACCAUCUCUGAUGCUGAAAUCCAGAAAGUUUGCAUCUGGAGGUGGACUUUAGCAGUGGAGACACCAGCAUGCACUCUUGACCUUCCAAAAGAGUAUGGUUUUCAAAACUACCUUACUUUUAAUCCAACAAAUAAUAAAGAAUUGGUGAGCAAUAGUAAAACACAGGCAAUAUAUUAUCUGUGGCAUGAAGAGGAAGAUAUACUUGUUUACAGUGCUCCACUUUUAACAGAAAAAACAUUCAACAAGCUCGUGGGAAAAUUCAGCCAGUCUGUUUUCCAUUUGAAUUUAACACAAAUACUCUCUGCAACAAUGGAAGGGAAGCUGGUUGUCUGGGACAUAUACCACCCACUAUCAUCUGCCUCUACCUCUGUGUGCUUUCCCUCUAUCAAACCUUGUAAACUGGUUCAUUUGCAGGAAGAGGGCAUCACUGUGCUUACUACAGUUGAUCGCUUUAUUGUCACAGGUGACCUUAAGGGUAACAUUAAGUUCUAUGAUCACACCCUGUCCAUUGCUAACUGGUACAGCCACUUCAAUCUGGGCUCCAUAAGAACCCUGUCCUUUUCAAAGACCCCGGCAUCUCCUCCUACUGAAAAAUCAAACUAUCCUCCAGACUGCACUUUAAAAGGUGACCUUUUUAUUGUUAGGAAUUUUAUCAUUGGAACAUCUGAUGCAACAGUGUACCACUUAACGACAGAUGGGACCAAGCUUGAGAAGAUAUUUGUAGAGCCCAAGGAUGCCAUUUGUGCCAUCUCCUGCCACCCAUAUCAACCCCUCAUUGCCAUCGGGAGUUUCUGUGGGAUGAUCAAAGUGUGGGAUUAUGAAAAGAAAGAGUACCUUUUCAGCAGGGUCUUUGAGAAGGGGCGUGGAGUCCAGAGUCUGACCUACAAUCCUGAAGGGGCCCUUCUUGGAGCUGGCUUCACAGAGGGGACAGUUUAUAUUCUUGAUGCAAUGUCCUUAGAAAAUGAAAUCCCAGAGCCUUUCAAAUAUUCCAGAACCAAUGUGACACAUAUCAGCUUCUCUCAUGACUCCCAGUAUAUGGCAACUGCUGAUGUAAAUUUUACUGUGGCCAUUUACAUGGUGAAAGUGAAAAAUGGACAAAGGGUCUGGGAAUACCUGGCAAGGCUUCGUUCUCAUCGCAAAAGCAUUCGAAGUCUCCUGUUUGGGGUCCAUCUGGACAGCAAUGAGCCUAGGCUGCUGAGCCUUGGAAGAGACAGACUCCUGAUUGAAUAUAAUCUUCUCAAGAGCUGCAAAGACCACUUGGAAGUCCUGGACAUUCACCGAACUGACCAGGGCAGCUACCCCACCUGUAUGGUCUGGUAUCCCCCACUCACCAAGGAACUCUUCCUGCUAGUUUGCAACAGUGGCUACAAAGUAAAACUUUUUAAUUCUACCACAAAAAUGUGCAGGAAGACACUUCUUGGGCCAGUUUAUGGUUCUCCCAUUGAGCAGAUACAUAUCCUCCCAGUGAAAACCACUUUGGAACUGCAGAAACGCCACUUGGUGUUUAUUAAUAGAGACAAGGUUGGACUUCAGAUUUUACCAGUUGAUGGCAAUCCACAUAAGACAUCUGCUAUUGUAUGUCACCCAAAUGGGGUGGCUGGAAUGACCCUUUCCUAUGAUGGCUGCUAUGCCUUCACAGCAGGAGGGCAAGAUCGGACUGUGGUACAAUGGAAAAUCAACUUAAGUGCCCUGGAGGCAGCAGUUUCUCUCGGGGGUGAAGACUUGACCCCGUUCUAUGGUUUGGUGUCUGGUGGCAGGGAAGGAAAAUUCUACAGGGAGCUGGAAGACUAUUUUUACUAUUCUCAGCUCCGUAGUCAAGGUAUCGAUACAAUGGAGACCAGAAAGGUGUCAGAACACAUUGGCCUGUCGGAGCUUCCUUUUGUCAUGAGAGCAACUGGCUUUUACCCGUCAGAAGAAGAGAUUGAUGAUAUGUUUAACGAAAUCAGAUAUAGUGAGUAUGUGGACACUGGGAAGCUAAUUGACAAAAUCAACUUACCAGACUUCCUCAAAGUCUACCUCAAUCACAGGCCGCCUUUCGGUAACACCAUGAGGGGCAUCCAGCAGAGUUUUGACAUUCUUGGUUUUACCAAUUCAAAAGGAAAGAAGGUUAUUCGAAGAGAGGAUUUCCUAAAACUGCUUCUAACUAAAGGUGAGCACAUGACAGAAGAGGAGAUGUCUGACUGCUUUGCUACGCUGUUGGGGCUGAAUCCUGAGGGGUGGAAAUCUGAGCCUGCAGCCUCCUCCGUGAAAGGUUCAGAAAUUUGCUUUGAAGAAGAACUUCCAGAAGAAAUCACUGCAGAAAUAUUCACAACUGACAUUCUUGGCUUAACCAUUUCACAAGAUUUCAGACAAGAUCCUAUGGUCAGUGAAGUUGUAAGGAAUGUUUGAAGCACAAGGGACUUUGUGUGGGUUUUUUUUUUUCUAGCACUGCUUUUCCUGCAUUUCCCUGCCCCCACUUUAGUCUUUAGAACAUUUAGACAUUAAAAGCAAAUUUCUGUUAAGCAACAGAAUUCACGAAGUUGGACAUUCCACUGUUUCUGAAAUAGAAAAGUGGGUGGAGGGAAGAAAAACAUUGGCAGCUGGAUGCCAAUGGUGGCUAGACAUCCUGGCCUGUUUUGUGCCUGAGCAAAAGCAGUGCUGCCUGGAGGGGCGCUUGACAGGAGUGGAGGCACAGUGCUCCCUGGGGGUCCCUCAGCUGGUAGCAGGCCUUCCAAGUCACACGUGUGUCCUUAUUCCCUUCCCCUCAAGUAUACCUGGACCCUUGGCCUUACAUGGCCCAGUGUGCAUCACCUCUGCCUGUUGUUUGGCCAGAGUAGGGCUGCUGGGUGCCCUGGGCUCCUGAGAGUCCCUGCUUGUGGUUUCUUAUCAGCAAAACAGCCCAGCAGCAGCAGUUGUGUGUGGCUGUUAUGAAGAGCAUCACUGGCCAUGCUGAACCCCGGCAGCAACUGCCAGAUAGAAUGUAAAAUGCACCCUGGAGCCUG